GGUUUCCUACUGCCGGAUACAGCUUCAGUUCGACCGGCGGCGGCGGCGGCGGUUGUAGCUCCCGGGAGAGCGCGCGGGGCCUGAGAAAGCCUCCAUGUCUCUGGUGGUAGCUCAGAGAGGAAAUGUUCUGAGCUUCCAUCACAGGUGCUAUAUUCUAAGCUCUUGUUGAUCUAAGACUGCUGGAAUGGAUCCUAGACCGUGGUGGAACAGCUGGCAGACAGUUUUAACGCAGCAAAGUAGAAGACUUUCAACUUGUAGACUCUCUUCUGUGUUGCUCUAGCUUUAUUGGUAGAGAACCAAAGUUAAGACUGCACAAGAAUACUGGAAAAGACUGAACAGCUUAUUAUGGAGUGCCAGGACUCUUCCCUUCAAAGCAAAAGAAUGCAGACCAUCAAGUGCGUGGUCGUUGGAGAUGGUGCUGUGGGAAAGACCUGCCUGCUCAUCAGCUACACCACAAACGCAUUCCCCGAGGAAUAUAUCCCCACAGUGUUUGAUAACUACAGCGCUCAGAUGACUGUGGAUGGCAGGGUGGUUAGCCUGAAUCUCUGGGACACGGCGGGCCAGGAGGAAUAUGACCGCCUGCGCACCCUUUCCUAUCCUCAGACCAACGUGUUCGUCAUCUGCUUUUCCAUCGGGAGCCCAUCCUCGUACGCAAACGUGCGGCACAAGUGGCACCCCGAGGUGUCUCACCAUUGCCCGAACGUGCCGAUUCUUCUCGUCGGCACCAAGAGGGACUUGAGAAGCAAUGUGGAGAUGGUGAAAAAGCUGAAGGAGCAGAGCCUGGGCCCCACCACCCCGCAGCAGGGGACGUCGCUGGCCAAACAGAUUGGAGCGGUCAAAUACUUGGAAUGCUCAGCGCUGAACCAGGAGGGGGUGAGAGAAGUGUUUGCUGAAGCUGUGCGCGCCGUUUUGUAUCCUGUGACAAAGAAGAACUCCAAGAAGUGUCUUCUGUUGUAGUCGUCACGGCAAGCGGAGCAAAGACCGUGGGCUUGGGAUGUUUGCAGGUCGCCUCCUUAAUCUAAUUGCAUCUUGCACUAAUGGCUUUAAAGAGAGAUUUCUGACAGCAAGGACUCCUGCAGUUCGGGGGGCCAGUUCCAGCGGACUGAAACAGACACCUUGAUUCCAGGUUUAAUGCCUGCCAAAUUCACAGUGUCUCUGCUUAUGUCGCUCUCCGUUGCUUCAGUGAAGGAGAGCUGCAGUUGGGAGGCCGUCCUUCAAAGCCGGUUGCUUUCCCUGCUAUAGAAACCUAAGAUAUGGUCCUUCUGAAAGAGACGACAGUUUUGCUUUACAUGUCCCUUGCUUUCUCUAGCCACUUCAUCGCCAGUCAGCUGUCCUGAGUGCAGACAGGGUUGUGCCUUCCCAAAAACCAAGUCAAUUUGUUGUAGAGCAUUGAAGGACACUUUCUGAAUUUUAAAAUGGCGCCACUGUGGUGAGGCCCAGCAUGUAUCAUGUAUAAUAAAAGACAUCAGAAACCGAGAGGGAUGAGCAGCUCCUAAGAGCUUUUUAAAUGAGAUCCAAGCUAGGCUGCGCCCUUCUUCACUGGGUUCGUUGCAGGUCUGCAGUCUAGUUCUGGGAUCGUGAGUUAGUCCCUUGGGCGUUCAAGGUUGGAUAAUUUCUGUGUCUGCUUUGGAGGCUGCCCCUCCAGUAUGUCAGUAAGCCAAGGCAUUCUUUCAAAAGCUCAUUUCCCCCCACCCAACCACCUAGGUUGGGCUUGUACUGUACAAGAUGAGAUUUCUCAACUUGGCAAAAGAGCGCUUCAUUCUAAGAUGAUACUCUUGUCAUGCCUGCUGUAGGAAGAGACCCCCAAUGGCACUUCUUCCUGGCCACUAACCCCCACAUGGAUAAGACCAUGCCUCUCCAUUUGAGGCCUUGAUUACUGUGCCCAGCUAUGCCACAGGUACCCUUAAAGAAACGCUGAAUUGGCUGGCCUUGAUGUUCUUCAGGCACCUUGAGAGUUCGUCUGCAUCAGCACUGUAGCGUGCCCCUCCUUUGCCAAAUGCCAUGAUUGGCCUUAAAUCUUGAGAAUGUGGCCUUGGCAGAGACUUGCGUGCUGCACAGGAGGAGGUCUCAUUUGCUCAGUGCCCCCCUCUCUCUUUUAAUUUGCCAAUGCUACAAAGCAGUAUUUCUGUGCCUUCUCAUGGUUGCUAUUUCCCCUUUCUGCAGGUAAAGGUCAAUAACUUCUUGCCUUAGAAACAUUCAAGUGUGAAUGCUAUUAAAGUGCCGCUCUGGUUUGUUACUAGUUUAAAUCUCUCUGGGGCACUGGUACCCAAUAUAGAUGCGUAUAAGCAGGGUUUAACUUUCACUGAACUAUUAACUUUCCCUUCUUGAAAAGGAAUUAUGCAAGAUUUUUUUUUUAACACGCACCUCUAUCUAGCAUCAUGAAUGAUUUCAUCUAGUGGCAUUAAGGAACUAUACUUAAGUAUGGCCAAGUCCUCUUUCUUGACAAGGACAGCUUAUUUAUUUAAUAAACAAGUUUGCGAACAGCAGUUCUGAGGAAGUGUGAUGAGAAGUUUGUGCCAUGGUGCAACCUAGGGAGAAAAUAAUGCUGAGAAGUAGAAUUCUGUCCCCCCUUUUUUUGCUUGACCCCAUUCUGAAAUGAAUUAGCUAUGUUUUUAUAGGAUGAUAGUAAUGGUUGUGGCCUGCUGUGCAUCAGUGGAGAGGAAACUUUGCCUGAAUUUAGAAUCAUAAUACUUGUGAGCUGCCCUGUGUUGCUGCCAACAAGAUGCUCAAGUAAUGGAACUGGACCGAUAACUUAGACCAGGUGCAAAUCUAGCAUCCUCGUCACGGGUAAACCAAAUUUGCACCUAGAAGUCAAUGGGAGUUGAGACUAAUGUGACGGAAUUACUAUAAUUAAACUAUGGUGUUCU